GUUCCGAAGAUGACGUCGGAGCGUUCUCGAAUCCCGUGUCUCUCGGCUGCUGCUGCCGAAGGAACAGGGAAAAAGCAACAAGAAGGAAGAGCAAUGGCGACACUGGAUCGCAAAGUGCCCAGUCCGGAGGCGUUUCUGGGCAAACCCUGGUCCUCCUGGAUCGACGCCGCCAAAUUACACUGCUCCGACAAUGUAGAUUUAGAAGAGGCUGGAAAAGAGGGUGGAAAAAGCAGGGAGGUUAUGAGGCUUAAUAAAGAAGAUAUGCACUUGUUUGGCCACUACCCAGCACACGACGACUUCUACCUCGUGGUGUGCAGUGCCUGUAACCAGGUCGUCAAGCCGCAGGUCUUCCAGUCCCACUGCGAGAGAAGACACGGUUCAAUGUGUAGACCUUCUCCCUCUCCGGCGUCGCCACCCUCCAAUGCCCGGACAUCACUAGUACAGGUGAAAACAAAAGCCUGUCUCAGCGGCCAUACCUCUGCCAGCAGCUCCUCAAAGCCAUUCAAAACGCCCAAAGACAAUCUCCUAACCUCCAGCAGCAAACAGCACACAAUCUUUUCAGCGAAGGGAUCAAGGGACAAAGCAUGUGUUCCGGUUCCCGUAGUCAGUUUAGAGAAAAUUCCUAACCUAGUGAAGGCAGAUGGUGCCAAUGUCAAAAUGAACUCUACGGCCACUACUGCAGUCACCUGCUCCACCUCGUCCUCUGCCGUCUCCACCCCACCUGUAAUUAAGCCGGUCUUGAUGUCCAAGUCAGUGCCACCUUCCCCAGAGAAGAUCUUAAAUGGCAAAGGAAUUUUGUCUGCCACCAUAGACAAGAAACACCAAAAUGGCACCAAAAACAACAACAAGCCUUACAGGAGACUUUCAGAGAGAGAAUUUGACCCAAAUAAACACUGUGGAGUAUUGGAUCCCGAGACAAAGAAACCUUGCACAAGAUCCCUCACCUGCAAGACUCAUUCACUAAGCCAUCGGAGGGCAGUCCCAGGCCGGAAAAAGCAAUUUGACCUCCUUCUGGCGGAACACAAAGCCAAGUCCCGGGAAAAAGAAGUUAAAGAUAAAGAGCAUCUCCUGACUUCGGCAAGGGAAGUACUUCCAAACCCAUCCGGGCCAGCGCAGGACUCGCUGCCGGGAUCUUCAGGGAGCUUGGGCCCAGAACCUAAAGUCGCGUCCCCUGCGAAGUCCAGGCCACCUAACUCUGUGCUUCCUAGACCAUCAUCUGCAAAUAGCAUAAGUAGCAGCACAUCUUCAAAUCACAGUGGCUACACUCCGGAACCCCCUCUACCCCCAGCUGGAGGUGACCUCGCCAGCCGACUGUCAAGUGAUGAAGGGGAGAUGGACGGAGCCGACGAAUCCGAGAAGUUGUUAGACUGUCAUUUCUCCACCCACCACCCCAGACCUCUUGCGUUUUGCUCAUUCGGGAGUCGCCUCAUGGGACGAGGGUACUAUGUGUUUGAUAGAAGAUGGGACCGUUUUCGAUUCGCACUAAACUCCAUGGUAGAAAAACACUUGAAUUCACAGAUGUGGAAGCACAGAAACCCGAGCCACAGGGCAUCAGGUCCCUCCCCCCUUUUCAGGACUUGCCUAACCAAUCUGCUGUCACUGAGCAACAUUGGGGCUGCCUGGGUAUCAACUCUGGAGAGCGUAGCACCCCGCUGCCCUCUCCGCCUCGCUGCCCAAACCCCAGGCCCCGACGGGCCCGAACCUGGAGGGAUGGCAGCCGAUGGGGGCGUGGAAGACAUUAGGAAGAAAAGGAACGGCCAAGACUCUUUUUUCUUUAACAAGCAUUUAACUCUGCAUCAGGAGACGCCAGCACAGUAUUCUCUUUCAGCCAGGAAGAUCCCUCCUGCGGCAGAUAGCCCCAUGCCCUCGCCAGCAGCCCACAUCACCACCCCUGUUCCAGCAUCCGUUUUACAGCCUUUCAGCAACCCCAGUGCUGUGUAUCUUCCUUCAGCUCCCAUCAGCUCGAGACUCACCUCUUCUUACAUAAUGACAUCAGCCAUGCUCUCAAAUGCAGCUUUUGUGACAUCGCCGGACCCGAGCGCCCUCAUGUCACACACCACAGCUUUCCCUCAUGUGGCCGCAACCCUCAGCAUCAUGGACUCAACCUUCAAGGCCCCAUCCGCCGUGUCCCCGAUACCAGCUGUCAUCCCUUCCCCAUCCCACAAGCCAUCCAAAACCAAAACCAGCAAAUCCUCAAAAGUCAAAGACCUGUCCGCCCGUAGCGACGAGUCUCCAAGUAACAAAAAGAGGAAGCCGCAGUCUUCGACUUCCGCCUCUUCCUCCUCCUCCUCCUCCUCCUUAUCCCUGCAGACAUCCCUCUCGUCCCCAUUAUCAGGGCCCCACAAAAAGAACUGUGUUUUGAAUGCCAGUUCAGCUUUGAACUCCUAUCAGGCAGCCCCUCCCUAUAACAGUCUGUCUGUGCACAACUCAAACAAUGGGGUGAGCCCACUCAGUGCCAAACUGGAGCCCUCAGGACGGACCUCGCUGCCCGGCGGCCCUACGGACCUAGUGAGACACAUGGGCUCGGGGGGCGGCAGCGGUGACUCCUGUCCCCUCUCUGUGCCCUCCCUUGCAGGGGACCUCUCUCUGGCCUCACACAAUGCCGUGUCUUCUCUGCCCCUCUCUUUUGACAAAUCAGAAGGAAAAAAGCGUAAGAACUCAAGUUCUAGUAGCAAAGCCUGUAAAAUCACUAAAAUGCCUGGAAUGAAUAGCGUUCACAGAAAGAACCCACCCAGCCUUCUCGCACCGGUGCCCGAUCCCGUUAACAGCACCUCCUCUCGGCAGAUGGAAACACGAGUUCCACACAACGGGAGGAGAGCCAGCGAGGUUGGGAAAAAUAGCAGCCUAGCUUUGUCACAAUCCAGUCCUUCAAGCAUAUCCAGCCCAGGACACAGCCGACAGAAGACCACAAACAGAACGGGCAGGAUAAGGACUCUUCCAUAACAAGACCAUGAAGCCGCUUCCAAACCAAUGCCUGGCCACGGGACCUCCCCCCAGGAGGCCAAGGCCAGGGGAGGGAGGGGAGUGGGCAGUGGGGAAGAGUCUGUUUCCUGUGCCCUGCCUGUGGCUCUGGCCUUUCUUCUUCUUUUUUUAAUUGACCAAUUUUUAGUUUUGAGGAAAAAGAAAAAGGCAAAAAGAACGUGAAUUUGAGAUUUACAGAAAACAAUACCAGUGUUUGGUUUCCGUUCUUUCACUUGCCACGUGUAUACCUUCUUCCAAGUCUGGGGUCCCUCCUCUAGCUUCUGAUGCUGCUACUGCAUCAUUUUGCUCCGGCCUCAAGAGCAGACAUUGUAGAAUGUCCGUUCCUGGUUGGCAUCGUCUGGAACUCUUGAACUUGAGCAUGUGCAGUGCUCCUUUCCUUGCCCUCUGCCAUCCUUCCCUUCUGUCCCCUCCUACCUGCCACUCUCUGGGUCCCCACUGACCAUCAGAGGUGCGGGCUCUCAAAAGCUCCCUCUAGACAGCGUGCUGCGUCGGGGGCGGUUACUGGGGAGCAGCCCGUGUUUGGGGAGCCGAGAGCAGAGAGCUGGAGGGUGGGCGAGUGCCCUCAUCAGGUUUCUAGGGGGCACCAGCACAGAGGAGCCAGAUGCAGAGUUGAGAACAGCAGCCAUUUAAUGAUGGGGCUUACUCAGUACCACUAUCCAGCUGUGCAGCUCGGAGAGGAUGUCCUGGGUUAGGGACAGGGGCAGGAAUGGACCCGGGAGGUGGCAGGAAGAAGGGCCUGGGGGUAGGAGAAGAUAUCCUCAAAAGAUGGUGGGAACUGGGUGACUGUGAUCAUCUGAGCGUGUUAGGAAUCCAUGCUGCAAAAUCCCUUCCAGGGCACCGUGUACAAGGGCGCAAAGCUGGGCGAGUCACGGGGAGGAAUCCCAGGGAAAAGGGCACAAGACCUCAGGAAGCCACUCAGGAAGAGGCACAGUGCCCACCGCUGUGGAAGGUCUCAAGCUGCCCUCCGGGGCGCUGCCAGAGGAGAAAAAGCAGAGCCGGAAGGAAAGGCCUGAGGGAAAGCUGCCAUGGAGGGUUAAUUGCCAAACGGCUGGUGAUUGGUGAGAAUAAUUACUAGCAUUGCCCAGCCACCUCCAUGCCCUGGGCCAGAGGGCCCCGUGGACUCAGCACACCCAUAGAUCAGCUCAUGCUAGGUUGUCAGAGGCCACCACUCCGAUACAGCCAACCCAGGAAGGAGUGGUAAGGCCACUGCUUAUGGAGAAGAGCCAUUUGGAAGAUCCGGAAGGGAGAAGCUGGAGGCCUGCAGCUAUAAAACUGUUCACACUGGAGUUUUGAAAGAAACCAAUACCAUAAGCUCUAAUUGGGAAUCAUAGUCAAGAAAGGAAUUCACCAUAUAAAAUAAGUGUUCUGUGCUAUGAAUCAUGUAACUUUGUAUACAGUAUAAUGGCAGAGAUACCAGGAGGUUUUGCUUCAUCCCUAAGUCAGAAGUGAAUGCCAGUUUUGCAGCUGGACAUAAACCCUCAUCCCCACCCUGAAGUUUUCCUUUUCUUUCCCAUUCCCCCCAAACCCAAGGAUCAGACUACUGUUAAAUUUCACCGUAUGAUUGGAUUUUGCAAAGACGGGAGGCAAACGGAGUGAUUUGCAUCAAUGGACUUGCACUGACAGUGUUUC